AAAAAAAAAAAAAUGAUAAAAAUAUUUAGUUCUUUUACCUUUCACCGUUUGUAAGAAUUCAUAUUUACACAACCAUAGUAAAAAGGCCAUUUUAACAUUUAGUCAAAUGAGAACAAAAUCAUCAUUUUCAGAUUGGGAGCUUGCUUCUAACGGUAAUUAUUGGACUUAUACUCGGAAAUUAGAGAAAUCGGACAACGAUGAUCGUGAUUAUCGUCUUAUAAAACUUGCAACCAAUGAUCUCGAAGUUUUGUUAGUUCAUGAUAAAGAUACAGAUAAAUCAAGUGCAGCCUUAGAUGUUCAUGUUGGACAUAUUAGUGAUCCAACUGAUUUGCAAGGCUUAGCUCAUUUUUGUGAGCAUCUUUUAUUUAUGGGCACAGAAAAAUACCCAAAAGAAAACGAUUAUAAUCAGUAUCUUUCAGAACAUUCUGGUUUUUCAAAUGCUUUUACUGGUGUAGAAGAUACAAAUUAUUACUUUGAAGUUGGUCAAGAGUAUCUUGAAGGCGCUUUGGAUCGUUUUGCUCAAUUUUUUAUCAGUCCUCUUUUUUCGGACAGUUGUACAGAAAGGGAAUUAAAGGCGGUUGAUUCAGAGCAUAAGAAGAAUAGACAGCAAGAUGGUUGGCGUAUGUUUCAAUUGGAAAAAUCACUUUGUAAUCCAAAUCACCCUUAUUGUCACUUUGGUACUGGAAAUCUUGAAACACUUUACGAAAACCCAAAGAAGAAUGGAAAAGAUAUUCGACAAGAGUUAUUAAAGUUUCAUGACUCUUAUUAUUCGGCCAAUAUCAUGAAAUUAUGUAUUCUUGGAAGAGAGUCUCUUGAUCAAUUGACUGAAUGGGCAGUUGAAAAGUUUAAAUAUGUUCGCAAUAAAAAUAUUGAACCACCUAGUUUUCCUGGUCACCCACUUACAGAAAAGGAACUUAUGAAACAAAUAUUUGUGAAGCCUGUUAAGGAUGUACGUUCUUUAGAAAUGACUUUCCCUUUCCCAGAUCAACGUCCUUUGUAUGCUGUUCAGCCUGGUAGAUACCUCUCUCAUUUAAUUGGUCAUGAAGGUCGUGGUUCAAUCUUGUCAUUACUUAAAAAGAAUGGAUGGGCAAAUUAUCUUCAAGUAGGCUCAAUCCAUGGAGGUAUUGGAUUUGAAUUUAUGCGUAUUAGUGUUGAUCUUACAGAAGAAGGAUUAGCUCAUUACCAGGAUGUCAUACUUACUAUCUUUAUGUAUAUUAAUUUAUUGAAGAAGGAAGGUAUUCAAUCUCGUAUUUUUGAAGAAGUUCAGUCACUUGCUUCACUUGCUUUUCGAUUUAAAGAAAAAUAUCCUCCAUCACAAUAUACAUCUCGUUUAGCUGGACUGAUGCAACAUGGUUAUCCUUCUUCAUAUAUCUUGAGUGGUCCUAGUUUAAUUCGUGAAUAUAAUCCUGAAUUAAUCAAAGAGAAUCUUGAUUGGAUUAGACCUGAUAAUUUUCGUAUUAUGUUAGCUAGCCAAACUCCUCCAAAGGGUAUUGAGUAUACUCAACGUGAAAAAUGGUAUGGUACUGAAUAUACUGUCGCUGAUUUUAAUGAAUCAUUAAUUGAGGCUUUAAAGAAUCUUGGUACAAAUGAUGCUUUAGCUUUACCUACACCAAAUGCUUUUAUUCCUUCUAACUUUGAAACAUUCAAAAAGGAAGUCCCAAGUCCGGCUACUAGACCUGAUUUAAUUGAAAAUUCACCUUUACUUCGACUAUGGCAUAAGAAGGAUGAUACCUUCUGGGUUCCUCGAGCCAAUGUUUGGAUCUUAUUUAGGUCACCUUUAGCUUACGCUACACCUACUAACUGUGUUAAAACACGUCUUUAUACCGAUUUAUUGAAGGAUUCCUUAAAUGAAUAUGCCUAUGAUGCAGAAGUAGCAGGCCUCUCUUACAACAUUGAGAACCAAUUGGAAGGUAUGUUGUUGGCCAUGAGCGGAUACAACGAUAAACUUCCUGUUUUACUCGAAAAAGUGAUUCAAAGGAUGCGUCAUCUUACAGUGGAUCCUGAAAGAUUUAAAUUACUUAAAGACCAACUUCGACGUUCCUACAAAAAUUUUGCACUAGAACCACCUUACCAACACGCUCUCUAUUACCUCUCUUAUCUCACACAAGAUAAGAUGUGGACGAACGCUGAGAAAUUGGCUGAACUAGAUCAUAUUACAGCUGAUGACAUUCAACAAUUUUACCCUACACUUUUGUCACAAUUACAGAUUGAAUCACUUGUUCAUGGUAAUUUUUUCAAAGAAGACGCUUCAAAGAUGCUUAACGGAGUGAUCGACACUCUUCAGCCAAAGUCUUUAUUACCUGGUCAAUUAAUCAAUCAUCAUAGCCUUAUAUUACCUAAAGGAUCUAAAUGGGUCUACAAACGUGAUGUAGAAGAUCCUAACAAUGUUAAUUCAGGUAUUGAGUACCUUAUUCAAGUCGGCAACGUGACUCAGAUCGAGCUUCGAGCCAAAUUAAGCCUAUUAGCUCAAAUCGCACAGGAGCCCUGUUUCGAUCAACUUCGUACAAAAGAACAGUUGGGCUAUCUUGUCUUUAGUGGUGUUCGUAAACAAACAGGAUCUAUGGGCCUAAGAUUUAUCCUCCAAAGUGAACGUGAUACGAUCUACCUUGAGAACCGAAUUGAAGAGUUCUUAUUGAAACUUAGAACAUUGAUUGAAAAUAUGACAUCUGAAGAAUACGAGGCUCAGAUACAAUCAUUGAUUGCCAAGAAACUUGAAAAGAAUAAGAAUUUAGGACAAGAAGGUGGUAAAUACUGGACACAUAUUCAUUCAGGCUAUUAUGAAUUUGAUCAAAUAGAGAAGGAUAUUAAAGAGUUAAGAUCAAUUAAAAAGGAGGCAUUGUUGGAAUUUAUGACAGAUUAUGUUGACCCACAAUCGCCUUCAGUUCGUAAAUUGUCAGUUCAUAUUCAAUCUCAAAAGGCACCCCCAUCCAAGCCCAAGUUUAAGGUCAAUAUUGAAUCAUUACAUACUUGUUUAGUGUCACAGGGUGUUACUCGACUUAGUAUUGAUGAUAUUCGAGCUGCUGUUGAGCAAGGUGAUGCAGGUGAAGCAAGCAUUGAGGCCAACUUGCGUACUUUACUUGCUGAUGAAAGUAAAGCGGAUGAAGUUGAGAUUGAGUCACUCAUAGCUAAAUUGGUUGUGGCUAUGCGUGAAACAGAUAUGGCAGAUGGUUCCUUUGUAGCCGUUGAUAAUCAAAGAGUGGCACGUAGAUUAUCAAUGGUCAAUGGUGAAGUUCCAAAGGUUUCCCCCUCCACAAGUACAGUCACAAGAGAUCAUAGUCAGCUUCCUCCAAAUAACACUAUCAUUACUAACGUGAUUGAAUUCAAGAGCAACAUGGAAUUAAGUCCUGCUGCUGUUCCUUUAAUUCAUUUUUAAAAUAUAAUCAGAGUUUUUUAAAGGAAAAAAAAAACAACGAUUUUAAUUAUA